CACUUAUCUCGCUUGCGGCCAAAGCUUACCCAGGCCUCCAAGAAACUUGUAACUGCGAUCCAUUCGACAAUUAGAGCCAUAUAUCUGCAUCGUCGACCCAUCAUGGACCCCAAAGCUCCCGAGUCCGUCGACGACCGCGCUUUCCGCCGAGAUUAUACUACGCCUAGUGGAAAUCGUAAACGUUCUCGCCAACCUUCAGUUCAAUCCUCGAAGAGUCCCAGGCCCGAUUUAACAUCGUCUCCCAUUCCCUCGGGUAGAUCACGAGUAGACCAGACCUCCCUCCGACCUGGGUCCGCUGUCCAUGCCGGCGAAAUGAACCUUUCUCCCACUCCAUCCGAAGCGGCCAGUGGAAGCGUCGUCAAGUAUACGCGCACUGGCCGGGUUAGUAAAGCGACCAAAGGGCAACGGGUUCACCAUUGUGAUGAAUGUGGAAAGCACGAGCGAAAUCCUUCCAGAUACAUCAUGACCUACACACGUGCAGAACAUCUAAGACGACAUCAGCAAAACCACAACCCAGGCGCCUACCCAUGCAAUUUUCCAGGCUGCCGGCGUGCUUUCUACAGAGAAGAUCUUCUCGCGCGCCACCGGGUACGACACAACGAUUCUGAAAACCAGUCAAGUCGCCGCAACUCCAUAGAUAGCCAAGGCUCAGCACAAAGCAUCGUCGAAUCUACCCAUGCUCAAGUGUCAACUUCAGCCGUGCCACCUGCAGCAUUCGCGCCUUCAAUGCUAUCGGCAGAACCGCAACAUGCUGUUGUCGCCAGCAAUGGGCAGCGACCGACUCCAACAAGCUACAAACGAAUGAUACCACCCAACGAACUCCAAAAUUCUGUGCGACCACUACUUGUUGGUGAUGAAGGGUUUGGUAUGGAACCAAAUAUCGAUAUUACGUCAUCUCCUUAUGCGGUAUCGGUUUCUGGCAGCAUGCCGAUGCCCUUCGAUCAUGUUGCAGGAAAUGAUUACCAGGCACCACUCUCCGAUCGGACGUGGGCUCCUGAAUUUCUGUGGGAGGGCUAUGGCCAGCCAGGCCGAUCCUCUCAAUCGUCCAUCUCCUCCGGAUCAACGGCCCUACUGCAGAGGCAGGGUAGACAUCCGCAGAAUCGCCCUUAUAACACUCUUUGCAUCGAUGUGGACUACAACCAGGACAAUUCAGCGGCUAUUGGAUAUGGCAAUCAGCUAACAUACAGCACUCCAUUUCAACCAGUACAAAUGUUUGCGGCAGCAGCUCGUGACCGGUUGGAGCUCACGGCGCUCACCAUACCUGGGACUGACCUCGAUCUCAACCUCGACUUCCUCGUGGCUCCGACACAACAAAGAUAUGUCGCAGCCUAUUGGGCAGACAUCCAUCCCCUAUUCCCGGUGCUGCAUCGUGACAAGUUUGAGUCCUCGCCUCCGUCACCAUUGCUUAAGACUGCUGUGAUGGCUUUGGGUGCACAGUCGCUUGGAGAAAUCAAGGAUAGCCUCGACUCGAGGAUCCUUCACGAACGAUGUGUCAAGGUUUUACGAAGGCGUGCGAGCCAACAGUAUCAACCAAAUCGUAUCUGUGAUUUGCAGGCCACUGUACUAGUUGAGAUCUACUCUGUCUUCAAAGCGAGACAAUUAUCCGCUCAAUUCUCAAGGAGCUUCGAGCAAGUCUACAAUCAGCUUAUUAACGAUCCGGAAACAUCUAUGCGAUCGUACCCGACAUUUAACACAGCCGGCUACAUCGACUAUUACGGACCAGUAGCACCUCUUUACUCAAGCAAUCUAGAUGUGCAGUGCAAGCAACGUCUGCUCCUAGCCUGUCAAUUGCUUGACCUUCAACAAACUGCGCUGUUCGGCAGGCAACCACUCAAUGAUGUGCUGGCCGCGUUCUGCAACAUUCCUCUUACCGAAUCACAGUCAUCGUGGGACGCUCUACCAAACACGUUCGCGGACUCUACUGCGGAUCUAUCUGAUCCCCAAAACGGGACCAUUUGCGACCUUUUGCGCAGCGCUUCUUCCUUGGAAGCACCAUCAAUGAAGCCAUACGACAGCUUCAUUUCCUCAAUGAUGAUUGCAACCAUCAUUAGACCGUCUUUGGGCGUGCACCUCGGCGGCUGCUUCCUCGAGGACGAUGACAGUAUAUCGUCGCCUCUCCUUCACGCCAUCGAGCAAAAUCCUCGGUCCGAGAUGGCGUAUCAUACGGCAAUGCUUUGCAAGAAUGCGCCGAUCCGCGAUAUUCUGGCAGUUGCAGGAGAAAGUUGGAUCAUGACCGAAAAGCUAAGCUCACAGGCCGAAUUUACCGCAGCUCAGAUAGUUGUUCGUAACUGGGCAAGCGAGAGUUCGGCUGCGGCUGCACAAAGGAACACCUUAGCACAUGCCUUUGCGAUUCUCCGCGUUCAUCACAAGCAUCCCAAAGUUGGUCUACUCUACCGCGACUGGGCCAUCUAUCUCGCGGCAAUCACCGUUUGGGUAAAGUCCUACGCCACAAAUCACAAUCAUCGUGCAGCGAAGCGCGUCAAGAUGAAUUCAAAACAGACUUCCGGACCAACCGGUAGCCACGACUCCGACUCGGCCAUCGCAAGUAUUCUGAAGCACGGAUUCGAAGGGCUGAAGUCAUGGUCCGAAACUCAGAAGAUUCUUCAUUGGACGAAAGCUCGAUUGGACAGGGUCGACAUGCCGCAUAGUAGCGGGUUGAUCAGCCUCGCGAAAGACGUGCUCGAGAAGUUAAGCAUCAGAGGGAAUGAGCCGCAUUGGUUUUAGACAGACACAUAUUGGAUUAUUGCGCGUGGGAC